GCAUCCGGGGUGAAAGUGUGCGAUGAGGUGGUGAACUGUUUCACCAACAUGAAGGUGCGCAAGGCGUGUGCUAAGGGAGAGGCGAUGAAGAGGAAGAAGGCCAUCAUGCUGGUCAUCAACAAGACCAAGGACCUGAUCAUCCUGGACGAGGAGAGGCAGAUCCUCAUGGGCGACAUCCAGCAGGGACUGAUCAAAAAUCCCUUCGACCACUUCAUGAGCAUGUUCCACACGGACCGCUGUUGCUAUGCCAUCUAUGAUGCAAACUAUGAGACCAAGGAAUCUAAGAAGGAGGAGCUCAUCUUCAUUCAUUGGAGUCCAGAAGGGGCCACAAUUCACGACAAGCUGAUCUACGCCAGCUCCAAAGAUGCAGUCACCAAAAAGUUUAACGGCAUCAAGCAUGAAUGGCAGGUGAAUGGCUUUGAUGACUUGGCCGACAUCCAAUCAUUGGCUGCAAAGCUGGGCUCCGAUGUGGUGGCCGUAGAGUCUCGACACAUCUAACUCCAGCCCCACGACCAUCAUCCAUCUUUCCAACGUCUUGUGUGUGUGCUGGGUUUCUGAUUUUUUGUUUUUGGGCCUACCACGCCCCUUUCAGUUUGUACACACUUGUCUUUGACUCCCCUACUCUAAUGCUUGCUUUUUAUUAAAUCCUGUCUGUCUGUAAUUUGGGGACCAGUUAUUUAGAGGGCUCCUGACACCAAUAACCGGGGCCUCGGGCAGUGGGGUGGGGAGGGGAGGAGGAGAGUCCCGUGGGGCAGAUAUUACUCGUUCACAGGCCCAAGCCUGGACAAGUUAGUGGAGGGGUGAUCAGUGAGUGUCAAGAUGUAUUUAAAUAAAAUGAACCAUAUCGCUGUGGUGGCUGUUGUCUUGCCGACACCGUUCCCCGAGUUUGGGACAGUGUGAUCCACCGCUCUGCCCAGUAAUUUAGACACCCCCUGGUUUGGUUUUUGGCUGGGGACUGUGUCCUGGCCAAGAUAAUUUUGUAGACCUUUGUAUUCAGCAUUUAACAAUCUCCUCUAACCAGUGAUGCCACGCCAACCUUAAUUAGAACUCUUGUUCCAUGUGUAAUUUUGGUCCGUGUUUUCUAAGCAUUCCUAAUGUUUUAACGAGAUUUACAGCGGGGGUCCACAUUGUAAACGGGCACUGCAUGUGUAAUGUGAUUGGGGUUUAAUAGCUUGGGGGGGGAGGGGGGGGGGGGUGGGGGGGGCUUCUGCUGCUCCAGUGGGUGGUGGGAUUCAGUGUCUUGUGAAUGGUUGAUAGUUUUCAAAUCUGAACCCCUGACUAAUGUGGACGUUGCAUCUGACCAUCGAAAAUAAAAGUGUGACCAAUAUCUCCA